UUAUGUUUUUUUAGCAUAGUAUUUACAGAUGGUUCAAGAAAAACUUGCACGGGUACCCUAAUACAUGACUAUGUCGUCAUAACUGCUGCUCACUGCUUUGUAUCAGAUCGUAAUAAAAAAGCUAGACCGGAACUCACAACGUCCUUCGUUGUCAUUGGCACCAAAAAGAUGUUCGAAACUGGAUACGAACAGUACUUGCCUAUAGAAAGAGUUGUGACGCAUCCCAAAUUCGAAGGAUGGACUGCGGACCUCUCCCUGGUGUUUACUUUUGCGGGAAUGACGUCAGAUAAACCAGGAACGGUUAUACCCUUAGCAGGCGAUAAGACAUCUACUCCUGUUGACUCCAAUGUAACGGUGCUAAGCUGGGGACAUUUAAAGGGUGAUCUUUUCAGUGGUCAGAAACAUAAAAAGAAAAAGCCUAAGAACGAAGUUGAAAAAUGUUCGUCAUCUGAAUCGGGGGAACAUUUCCAUGUAUGUUUAAAUAACAAUUUCCCAGGCACACAAGGGAUUCCAGAAGCGUUGCGCGCUGGAAAACCCGUCAGCAGCAGCGAAGAAGUGACACCCGUAUAUCACCGACCAAAGAAACACUCUAAGAAAAAGAAAAGAGCUCUACGAACAUCAACACGAUCCUACAAAACUAGAUUUAGAACUAUAAAGCAGAGUCUAAUCCAAAAAUACCAGAUCGAUCUAAAUGAAUAUAGAGAAAGAUCUAACCAUCUUAUUAGCCGGUACUUGACGCAGAAAGAGCAGGGCAAUUUAACUAAAAAACUCGAUGACAUACAUCUUCACGAAGAGCUUGAAAGCAAGAACGAUACCACAAAGAAAGAUUAUGCUGGAAUUAACAUGAAUCGUAAUAGAAAAACGGAGGAAGAAUCGCAAAACAUAAAAUUACAAUACAAGAACUGGCGACGUAAAAUGGGGCCUCAGCAAAACAAACUAACCGUUGAAGUUUUUGGCUUCGUUAACAUGCAGACGUGCAAGAAAGUCGUUGAAAAUGCAAUGCCAGAGAUUUACGAGAUAAAGGGCGUGACCGACAUCGUCUGUUACGCGAGCGACGAGCACUUAAUAACAGCUGAAGACUCGGGAGCGCCGGCCAUCCGGCACGGGCAAUUAGUGGCGGUCACGGUGGGAGGCGCCGAGUGCGAUGGAGACCACGUCGCCGUCGGCAUGAAGAUGAGCUGCUAUUGCUCGUGGAUUGCUGCUAAUUUGCCGCCCGGCGGUCCGCGGCUGCAGUGCUGUAAAAAUUGCUGUGACGUCUCACACGACGAUCAUUCCCACAAGAAUUCACCACCAAGACAUCGAAAUAAGUAUUUAUUGUAAAUGAUUAAUUAUGUUUACACUAAUAUUAGGCUUUGAAAUAAAACUG